CAGGAAGAUCUCCGGCUGGUGGACUACCACUCCCUUGAGGUGCUGCGUCAUCCACCCCCGCGGCGUCUUCGAACGCGCCGCGGCAGCCAUGUUGGACGUGGCCGCCACAGGGGCCGGCACCAGGGGGUAAUCAGCUGUCACGAUGCUGGGGUCCCUGGUGCUGAGAAGAACAGCGCCGGCGCCGCGAUUCCUCCUCCAGCUGCUUAGGUCCCCAUCGCUCCGGAGCCACGGAGGUGCCUCUGGCCGGAGUGUGACCACCGGCGGCCGCGGGGAGCCGCAGUGGCUGAGGGCGGCCGUCGAGGGGUGCCCUGGAACUUCGUCCACCUUGCUCAUCGGAGGAGGGGCAGCCACCGAGGGCCACCUGGGAGGACGCACCGAAACCCCGUGCCUAGCAGCCUCCACGUGGGGACAUCUUCCUAGCCCUGAAGAAACACCCCUUCGACAUGACUGCUGGAACGGGGUCCCCAACAGGGCCGGAGUAGGCAUGUGGGCCCUGGCCAUGGCGCUGGUGGUUCACUGUUUCAGCAAGAGCCCGUCCAACAAGGAUGCAGCCCUGAUGGAAGCUGCUCGCGCCAACAAUGUCCAAGAAGUCAGAAGACUGUUGUCAGAAGGUGCAGAUGUCAACGCAAGGCACAAGCUUGGCUGGACAGCACUCAUGGUAGCAGCCAUCAGCCGAAAUGACAGUGUGGUGCAGGUUCUGCUUGCCGCUGGUGCUGACCCAAACCUUGGGGAUGAUUUCAGCAGUGUUUAUAAGACUGCCAAGGAGCAGGGAAUUCACUCUUUGGAAGAUGGGGGACAGGACGGUGAAAGCUGGAGCAUCACAAAUCAGUGGACAAGUACCCUGGAGUUCAGGACAUGUCUAGGAUUUCCCACUGGUGUCCUGGUCACCCGCGAGGAUGACUUCAACAACCGGCUGAACAACCGUGCCAGCUUCAAGGGCUGCACGGCCCUGCACUACGCUGUCCUGGCCGAUGACUACAGCACUGUCAAGGAGCUACUUGAUGGAGGAGCCAACCCCCUGCAGAGGAAUGAAAUGGGACACACACCCUUGGAUUAUGCCCGAGAAGGCGAGGUGAUGAAAAUUCUAAGGACUUCUGAAGCCAAGUACCAGGAGAAGCAACGGAAACGAGAGGCUGAGGAGCGGCGCCGCUUUCCCCUGGAGCAGCGGCUGAGGGAGCACAUCAUUGGGCAGGAGAACGCCAUCGCCACGGUGGGUGCGGCGAUCCGAAGGAAGGAGAAUGGCUGGUAUGACGAAGAACACCCUCUGGUCUUCCUCUUCUUGGGAUCAUCUGGAAUAGGAAAAACAGAGCUAGCCAAACAGACAGCCAAAUAUAUGCACAAAGAUGCCAAAAAGGGCUUCAUCAGGCUGGACAUGUCUGAGUUCCAGGAGCGUCAUGAGGUGGCCAAGUUUAUCGGGUCUCCACCAGGCUACAUCGGCCACGAGGAGGGUGGCCAGCUGACCAAGAAGCUGAAGCAGUGCCCCAAUGCCGUGGUGCUCUUUGAUGAGGUGGACAAGGCCCAUCCAGAUGUACUCACCAUCAUGCUGCAGCUGUUUGAUGAGGGCCGGCUCACAGAUGGCAAAGGGAAGACCAUUGACUGCAAGGAUGCCAUCUUCAUCAUGACCUCUAAUGUGGCCAGUGAUGAGAUCGCACAACAUGCCCUGCAGCUGAGGCAGGAAGCUCUGGAGAUGAGCCAUAACCGUAUCGCCGAGAACCUUGGUGAUGUCCAGAUGAAUGACAAGAUCACCAUCUCAAAGAACUUCAAGGAGAAUGUGAUUCGUCCCAUCCUAAAAGCCCACUUCCGGAGGGAUGAGUUUCUGGGACGAAUCAAUGAGAUUGUCUACUUCCUCCCCUUCUGCCACUCAGAACUCAUCCAGCUAGUCAACAAGGAACUGAACUUCUGGGCCAAGAGAGCCAAGCAGAGGCACAACAUCACACUGCUCUGGGACCGCGAAGUGGCAGAUGUGUUGGUCGACGGCUACAAUGUGCACUAUGGCGCCCGCUCCAUCAAGCAUGAGGUAGAGCGCCGCGUGGUGAACCAGCUGGCCGCCGCCUACGAACAGGACCUGCUGCCAGGGGGCUGCACUCUGCGCAUCACCGUAGAGGACUCAGACAAGCAGUUACUCAAGAACCCUGAGCUGCCCUCACCCCAAGCUGAGAAACGCCCUCCCAAACUGAGGCUGGAGAUCAUUGAUAAAGACAGCAAGACCCACAAACUGGACAUCCGAGCGCCACUACACCCUGAAAAGGUGUGAUUCACCCUCUACCUUCUACUACCUGCCUGUCCGUGCCCUCAGCACCCAAUAAAGGCCCCCCGGCUGUGGCAUGGCAACUGACCUACCUGCCCUCCUGCCUCUCCCUCCUCUCCAGCAGGCCUAAAGCCGCUUGCCUCCUCACAGCCCCCUAAAAAACCCUCCUCAACCCCAGAGUCUAAAGCAGGAAUUUUGCUCUCCCCCAGCCCCUCAUUGUGGGCCCAAAACCUGCUGAUAAGCCUCAGAAGAAGGGCUACCCUUCCACUCCAUCCAGGCAGUGAGGAGUCGGGGGGAGGGGGGGUUCCUUAUUUUUGUCCUCCAGGAUGAUCCCCAUCCCCCCCAUAGUCUCUGGAACUUUAGCGUGUUCCUAGAAAGCUCAGAUGUAUAGCAGCUAAGAGCAACUGGCAGUAAGACAGGGACCAGGCCGUGCCCUCAUGCAACUGAGUCCCCAGAGUGUCUCCACUGGAAUGGAGAGAUUGCAGAGGUCCCAGCACGGAGCUGUUGUUCAGGCUGUAGCUACCUCUUUCCCCUGCCCUAGAAUUACAAGGGGAAGGCGCCCCUAGAACCCUCCCCCUUCCACUGCCAUAUCAUAACUGCUGUUCCUCCUCACCCUGUAUUCUGGGGUCAAGGCCAGAUCAUGUUUCUUCCCGCUUGGGACUCAGGCAACAUGAAGAAAUGCUGCCUGCUGCACUACCCUGCCCAAAUCUGGGCUGGACAAAAGUAACCAAAAGACAAAGCAAGCUCCACUCGACAGGGGCCUCCUUUAGGAGCCUUAACAACACAGACAUUGGGGAGCUCUCGGGGAGAGAUCAUGGGGUCAGGCUCUGCCCAGGUGGCCUUGGAGUCUCCUUACUCAUGCUGCUGGCCCAGCUGAGGAACCCGCAGCAAGUCGCUCCCAGUAAGUCUGCAUGUUAGUCGCUGAGCACAGGGUCUGCACACUAUCCAGCCAGGGCAUUCCAGAGACCCCAUGCUUCACCCUCAGCUUAGCAGAACUCAGCCAGGCAUGGUGCAUGCUGGGCAUCAUCCACCAUGGCUGCCAUUGAUGACCACCACACCACCCUCCCCAUAAGGGCUGAUUCAGAACCUGGAUUUGGUGUUAGGUAAAGUUCUUUCAGGAAGCAGGAAGUAGGAGGAGUAGGUAUCAGAGUCCCUUGGGUGAUAGAGGAAUGCCCUAACAAAAUGUGGGUAUGAGACAGGCAGAAGCUGGAACGAGGCUCCAUCAAUCGCCUCUAGUCCCUCAAGGAGCUGUGUCUGCUGCUCCCUACCUCAGUAACUGUUGCUUCUUUUAUUUUUUUCCUUCUUGUUUUGAAAUAAUUUGAUUUGCAGAAAGUUUCAGAGUUCCCAUUUACUCUUCCUGGCUUCUCUUAAUAUUAGUAUCUUAUAAAAUUGUUGUAUAGCUAUUAAAAUAAGGAAAUUAACUUUGAUCCACUAUUACAAAUUUGUCUAUAGACUUCCAAAAUUUGACAGUCUUCCCCCUGAUGUUCUUUCUCUGGUCCAAGAGCCCACAAUGUAUUUUGUUUUGUUUCCCUCAUCUCCUUCACCUGUGACAGCUCUUUUUUGUCUGCCUUUCAUGACCUGGAUACUUUAGAAAUGUCGAAGGUGAUUAUUUUGUAGAAUGCCCAUAACUUGGGUCUUUGGGUCUGUCUGCUGUUCUCAUAUGUUUAGACUGAGGGUCUAGACCACCACACAAAUGAUGCUGUGCCUUCUCAGUGCCUCAGAACGGGGAGUGUUAACUGAUCACUCGAUGGAGGUGAUGUGACCCGGUUUCUCCAUUGUAAAAUGACUAAUUUCCCCUUUGUUAUUAUAAUAAGAUUCAUGUGGGGAGGUCCCUUAAGCUAUGCAGAUGUCUUAUUUAUCCUUAGACUGUGCCCACUGAUCUUAGUGCUGAUCAGUGGUUCUUGCUUACACUAAGCUUUAAUGUUGUGUUUGUCUGAUGAUGACUUUCUCUUUUCUCCGUCCAUCUAUAUUAAUUGGUGUUCUGCUGUGAGGAACAACUGUCUCUUUUUCCCAUUUAUUUAUUCAAUAAUUUAUAUCAGGAUAAGUUAAUGGAUAUUUGUUUUAUUCUAGGGGUUACAGUCUCAUACUAACAUAGUUAAUUUUGUUACUCAAAUUGGCCUAGAUCUGGCCACUGGGAACUCUUUCAAGUUGGCUCCUGUGUUGUUUCAACAUCACCCACAUCGUUGUUUUUUUUAAGCACUCCCUGACUUUUUGGUACCACAAGCUAUUCCAAGCUCAUUCAUAUUUUUCCUGUUCUAGCCCUGACACCAGCCAUUUCUCCUAGCAGCUCCUGGUUCCUUUUAUUCAGGAAUAGUGCUUAGAAACCAAGAUCUAGAAACUGGUUGUAUUCAAGGCUUCUGGAGUGACAUUACCCUUUCAGCAGGCAGCGCUAGAAAAUAAAUGUAUGUAUGCUAACAUGUGUAUCACACAUAUCUGAAUUUAUCAUUGUAUCUGUCAAUAUAUUACUAAAAAACAUGAGUUGAUGUUGUUACUUAUAGUUUCAACCUAGUAUCACAGGGUUUGUGACUUUAUUAUUAUGACUCUACUAUUAUUUUUUUUUUGCUUCUUCCUCUCUUAUUAUCCCUGUGUUCUCUUUUCCUCUGUUUGGUGUGAAGCCUUCCCUGGAGGGGAAGUCAGUGACCAUCCUAUAGGGAAGAUUCCUAUUGGAUAAAGUUCUUAUGCCUAGGUCAGUCCCUUGGUUCAGUCAGCUAUAGCCAGGAGCAUAAAUCUAAACCAAGUAACUUUUAUACAAGAAAACCCUUGACCACCUUCUUGAGAUGAGGGAGGGAGGAGAUAGGAUAGACCCUCAGAUUCUGAGGGACCUAAGUGCCAUUUCUGGGGAUUCUUUGGUAGGCCUCCUAGGGGACACUAGACCCAUAUUUUACACUUCUGUGGCUUCCUAGCCAAUACUCCGCUCGCUUAACUUGUUCUGUAACUUGUCACUAGAAUGUAAGCUCCAAGGGGGCAGAUACACAAUUGUUCAGCUCACUGUUCAGUUCCUAGUGCCAGCUCAUGAUGGAUGCUCCAGGUAUUUGGAUGGGUGGGUAGGCCCUAAAUCAAACACAGAUCUUCACCACACACCCCAGGGCAGAACAAUACCACUUGUUCACUCAGCACACAUUUAUUUGUCACAUGCUUGUGGCCAGACAGUAGGACCUGCCAGGAUUAGACCCUGAGCAAAUGGGGCAAAAUAAGAUCCAGAUACCUGUUGAGUAGCCUAGAAGGCAUGAGGCUGGACUUGUUAAUGAAAUACGACACCUUUAUUACUCAAAAGGAAAGACUCAAAAUGCGUAGUGAUUGUUUGAGAAAUAGAGAAAAAAGUAUAUUAAACCAUUAGGAAGUGAACCAAUGAAGUUAAAACCUGAAGUUAACCAGUAGGAAACCAGAAAAAAGAAAAGGUAAGUAGGAAAAUGAUUCUUUGAAAGCACCAAUAAAAUAGAUAAAAACCUUCUCAGUCUGAUAAAAAGAAAGAAUGAAAGAUUAGGAAUGAGAAAUCAGGCAUCACCAUCUAUAAGGAAGAAUAUAAUAUAAAAUAAAAUAAUUUUAAGAGAACACAAAACUGAAAACAGUGCAAAUAGAUAAUUUCCUAUAAUCUGAAUAGACCAACUAAUUACCAGAGAAGAAAUUGGAAAAGUGAUUAAAAAUUUAUCCUUUUUAAAGCUUGUGUUAAUUUUUUAUUGAAAUAUAUAAGGAAAGAAAGGUGCACAAAUUGCAAGUAUUCCACUCAGUGAAUUAUCACAAAAUGAAUACUACUGUAGCCAUCACCCAGCACGAAAAAAUAAGUGGGUUGUAAUUUUUAGUUGUUAAAUCAAUGACUUCAGACAAUGGGAGAGGAUGAAAAGAUGCCCAAUUGAUUUUUAAGAUGACUACAAACCGAAUAAAGUGCCUAAAGGAAUAUGAUAGUAUAAUCUCACUUAUUACUAUAGAUGCUAAAGUUCCAAAUAAAAUCAAGCUGAAUUCUACACCAUGAUCACAAAAGGUUUAUUUCACCAAUCCAAGCCUGAGUAUCAGGAAACUUUAGUAUAAUCCACUACACCAAGAACUUGAAUAUUAUUUAAAUACCUAUAGAUUAAUAUAAUGUUGGUUUUCUUUUUUGAUAAUAUUUCUUUUAUGACUAUGUAAGAAUAUCCUUGUUUUUAGAAAAUAUACCUUGAAGUAUUUAGAGAUUAGGGUAAAGACAAUUUGUAAAUGCUUUAGAAAAACUUAAGUUAUGUAUAUGUAUGCUUACAUCUUAUACACACACACAAUGAUAAAGUAUUAAUAUUUGGGAAAUCUG